GGGAGAGAAAGUCAGCUUCGGUGACAUUCGCAUUUCGGAGCACAUCAAUCAUUCACGCAGAACUGAAGGCUGAGACAAAAUGACUUGGACUCGUGCAUUUCCAGAAAUUUUGCUGGUGGUCAUGUUGAUUGUGGUGUCAUCGUCGCCACAUGGCUGUUUAUCCGCUGCUGUAAUUCCGAGCGAGACGAGAUUAACAGCUCACAGUUUUCUCCAACCAACAGCAGAUAACAUUUCUCCCAACAGUGUGAGAACUCCGAGGAGAAUGAUGGGUCAGAACAAUGAGAACAACCACGUUAGUCGAUGAGUAGGCUGAUGGAGUAUUUCCGGAACACCAACAUUUUCGCCAGCAUCCGCGCCAUGCUCGACAACAACAAUGGAGUGCGGAAGGAGUGGGUACCGCUGGGAAGCCUCAUGUUCAACAGACCCCUUGGACAGAGAACCAAAUAGAUAAUGAAAAAUUUGUGAAACGUGAACAACAAUUUACAAUAAAAUUAUAAUUUAAGUGAAACUGUUCAAAACCAUUUGCUCAUAAAUAGAAUGUAGUAUAGUAAACUGUAAAAUAGUUAUGCA